GUACUUGCGACCCUGGUCCAGCAGGGGUCCCUGUUUGCCCGCCUCUCCCCGCCUGCAGAGACCAGGACCGGGAGCAGCCAGCCCUGAAAGCUUCAGUCUGCGGCUUCUGCUCCCAACGAGCCGAGCUGCCCCUUCUAACACAGAACCUUUGGAGUCCUGGAUCACAGGGACUCGUCCCUGUUGGUUAAAGCCAAAGCAUCUGACGGGUGACCUGGACCUGGACCUGGACCUGCAGCUCUGCGGGUAAACUCUGCCUGGUUUGACGGGAACACUGAGUCAGUCAUCAUGUUUAAUCUGAUGAAGAAGGAUAAGGAGAGGGAAGGGAGUAGGAAGGACAAGAAGGACAAGAAGGAGAGGAUGUCUGCUGCAGAGCUGCGCAGUCUGGAGGAGAUGAGCAUGCGGCGCGGCUUCUUCAACCUGAAGAGGGAGGCCAAGCGAGAGUCCAAGAACAAGCUGGAGAUCUCAAACCCCAUCCCCAUCAAGGUGGCGAGCGGCAACGAGCUCACGCUCACCGACAUCGAGUCCGACGGCUUGAGCAACCGCAGCAGCAUGGUGCUGGACGACCAGCUGAGCGCCGCCAGCUCCACCGACGACCUGAAGGGGGAGGGCGGGGGAGGACAGGACGGGCACCGCAACUCUGUGCGAGACCGCGUCGCUCAGUUUGGAUCCAUCGCCAAGCAAAACUCGGCUCAGGUGGGUCAGAUGAUGAAACGCUUCUCCUUCUCCCAGAGGAGCAAAGAAGAGAGUCCCUCAGAGGGGUCCACGCCCUCAGGCCAGAACUCGGCCGCCCCGUCCCCGCAGGUGGAGAGCAAAGUCUUCAACAUGCUCCGCAAACACAGCCUGAAGCAGCAGGCCGGAGCCCCGCCCACCAAGAGGGUCUGCAUCCCCGAGGUAGUGGAUAAGACCUUCCCCGCCGAGCUGCAGCUGCCGGCCGUCGUCGCUCCGAGCGCCCCGGAGACACGAGAGCUGGAGCUGCAGCGCCGGAACACCGGAGACUUUGGGUUCUCCCUGCGCCGCACCACCAUGCUGGACCGCAGCCCUGACGGAGGCGUGUACCGACGAGUGGUCCACUUCGCAGAGCCCGGCGCCGGCACCAAGGACCUGGCGCUGGGUCUGGUUCCAGGGGACCGGCUCGUGGAGAUUAACGGGAGGAACGUGGAGAACAAGAGCCGGGACGAGAUCGUGGAGAUGAUCCGUCAGUCGGGCGACACGGUGCGGCUGAAGGUGCAGCCCAUCCUGGAGCUGAGCGAGCUGAGCCGCUGCUGGCUGAGGAACACCGAGGGCCAGCGCCGGGAGUCCAGACACGUGAAGACAGAGGAGCAGAUUGCAGCCGAGCAGGCCUGGUAUGGAUCAGAGAAAGUCUGGCUCGUCCACAAAGAUGGAUUCUCCCUGGCCACCGUGGUGAAGACAGAGGCCGGCUCUCUGCCGGAGGGGAAGGUGAAAAUCAAACUGGAGCAUGAUGGGUCGUUACUGGACGUGGACGAAGAUGACAUUGAAAAGGCGAACCCUCCGUCCUACGACCGCUCUGAGGACCUGGCCUCUCUGCUCUACCUGAACGAGUCCAGCGUGAUGCACUGUCUGAGGCAGCGCUACGGAGGAAACCUGAUCCACAGCUACGCCGGACCCAACAUGGUGGUCAUCAACCCGCUCAGCACGCCCUCCAUGUACUCUGAGAAGGUGAUGCACAUGUUCAAAGGCUGUCGGCGCGAGGACUCGGCUCCACACGUCUACUCGGUGGCUCAGUCGGCCUACAGGAACCUGCUCACCACCCGACAGGAUCAGUCCAUCGUGCUGCUGGGGAAGUCCGGCAGCGGCAAGACCACCAACUGCCAGCACCUGGUCCAGUACCUGGUCUCUAUAGCUGGGAGCACGGGCAAAAUCUUCUCAGCUGAGAAGUGGCAGGCCGUCUACACCAUCCUGGAGGCUUUUGGGAACAGCUCCACGACCAUGAACACCAACGCCAGCCGCUUCUCCCACGUGGUGUCCCUGGACUUCGACCAGGCGGGACAGGUGGCAUCGGCCUCCAUCCAGACGAUGCUGCUGGAGAAGCUGAGGGUGAGCAGACGACCCGAGGCCGAGGCCACCUUCAACAUCUUUUACUACAUGAUGGCCGGAGCCGACAGCAGCCUCAAGACGGAGCUGCACUUUAACCACCUGGCUGAAAACAGCGCCUUUGGGAUCCUUCCUCAGUCGAAGCCCGAGGACAAGCAACGAUCCUCUCAGCAGUUCACGAAGCUGCAGGCGGCCAUGAAGGUGCUCGGCAUCUCUUCAGAGGAGCAGAAGGCUCUGUGGCUCAUCCUGGGGGCCGUGUACCACCUGGGGGCCGCGGGGGCCACUAAAGACGGAGAUGAAGCGGGCCGUCGUCAGUUUGCCCGUCACGAGUGGGCUCAGAAGGCGGCCUACCUGCUGGGCUGCACCUUAGAGGAGCUGUCGUCCUCCAUCUUCAAGCACCAGGCCAAAGGACUGCAGCACUCCACCUCCUUCAGAGGGGGGUCGGACGAGUCCGGGCAAGGUGACGGCUCAGGCUCCAAGAUCACCGCUCUGGAGUGUUUGGAGGCGAUGGCGUCUGGUCUCUACUCGGAGCUCUUCACUCUGGUCAUCUCCCUCAUCAACAGAGCUCUGAAGUCCAGUCAGCACUCUCUGUGCUCGCUGCUCAUCGUGGACACGCCGGGUUUCCAGAACCCUCGUCUGGCUCAGCAGCAGCGAGGAGCCACCUUUGAGGAGCUCUGCCACAACUACACGCAGGAGAGGCUGCAGACGCUGUUCUACGAGCGCACCUUCGUCCAGGAGCUGGACAGAUACAAGGAGGAGAACAUAGAGCUUGCUUUAGAUGACAUAGAGUCCAGUUCGUCUCUGUCUGUAGCAGCUAUUGACCAAGCCUCCGCACAAGCUCUGGUCCGUACUCUGGCCCGCACAGACGAGGCUCGGGGUCUCCUGUGGCUGAUGGAGGAGGAGGCGGUUCAGCCCGGAGGUUCGGAGGAGACAAUGCUGGACCGACUCUUCAGCUACUACGGCUCCACGCAGGGAGACAACAAAGGAGCCAACAUGCUACUGCGAGGAGAGAAGCCCCUCCUCUUCCUGCUGGGUCACAGCCGGGGGACGGACUGGGUGGAGUACGACGUUCAGGGCUGGCUGAGCCACGCCAAGAACAACCCUGCAGCCCAGAACGCUGCCACGCUGCUGCAGGACUCCCAGAAGAAGAACAUCAGCAGUCUGUUCAUGGGCCGGGCCAGCGGCGCCACCGUGCUGUCGGGCUCCAUCGCCGGGCUGGAGGGAAGCUCUCAGCUCGCCCUGAGACGAGCCACCAGCAUGAGGAAGACGUUCACCACGGGCGUGGCUGCUGUGAAGAAGAGGAGUCUGUGUAUUCAGGUCAAACUGCAAGUGGAUGCUCUGAUCGACAUGGUGCGUCGCUCCAGGGUUCACUUCGUCCACUGUCUGCUGCCCAAAGCGGAGGCAGUGGGUGGAGGAGGUGAGCCCCGUGUGACCCACGGAGAGAGCUCUGACUCAGGCCUCAUGACUCUGGAUGUGGGCCUGCUGAGAGCUCAGCUCAGAGGAUCCAAACUGCUGGACGCUCUGCGGAUCUACAGGCAAGGAUACCCCGACCACAUGGUGUUUUCUGAGUUCAGGAGGAGAUUCGACGUCCUGGCUCCACACCUGACCAAGAAACACGGCCGCAACUACAUCGUGACGGACGAGAAGAGGGCCGUGGAGGAGCUGCUGGAGUCGCUGGAGCUGGAGAAGAGCACCUACCACAUGGGGCUGAGCCGGGUGUUCUUCAGAGCAGGGACUCUCUCCCGGCUGGAGGAGCAGCGGGACGUUCAGACCAGGAGGAACAUCACUCUGUUCCAGGCCGCCUGCAGAGGAUACCUGUCCCGUCAGGCCUUCAAGAAGAGGAAGAUUCAGGAUCUGGCUAUCCGCUGCAUCCAGAAGAACAUCAAGAAGAACCGCGGCGUCAAACACUGGCCGUGGUGGAAGGUUUUCACCACCGUCAGGCCGCUCAUCGAGGUGCAGCUGACGGAGGAGCAGAUCAGGGGCAAGGACGAGGAGAUCCAGCAGCUGAAGCAGAAGUUGGAGAAGGUGGAGAAAGAGAGGAAUGAGCUGAGACUCAACACGGACCGACUGGAGAGCCGGAUCACAGAGCUGUCGUCCGAGCUGGCUGAUGAAAGAAACACCGGGGAGUCGGCCUCUCAGCUGCUGGAGACUGAAACCUCAGAGAGACUCCGCCUGGAGAAAGACAUGAAGGACCUGCAGGGGAACUUUGACAGCAUGAGCAAACAGAUGGAAUCCAUGGAGAUGGAGGUGAUGGAGGCCCGACUCAUCCGCGCGUCUGAGCUCAAUGGAGAAAUGGAUGACGACGACACAGGUGGAGAGUGGAGGCUGAAGUACGAGCGAGCCAUCAGGGAGAUUGAGUUCACCAAGAAGCGGCUGCAGCAGGAGUUUGAGGACAAGCUGGAGGUGGAGCAGCAGAACAAACGGCAGCUGGAGAGGAGGAUCAGCGACCUGCAGGCUGACAACGAGGAGUCCCAGAGAAACGUCCAGCAGCUGAAGAAGAAGACUCAGCGCCUGACGUCUGAGCUGCAGGACACCAAACUCCACCUGGAGGGCCAACAGAGCCGCAACCACGACCUGGAGAAGAAGCAGAGGAAGUUUGACAGCGAGCUGAGCGGAGUGCAGGAGGAGGUGCAGAGGGAGAGGAGCCUGAGGGAGAAACUGGCCCGAGAGAAAGACGUGCUGAGCGGAGACGCCUUCAGCCUCCGACAGCAGCUGGAGGACAAAGACCUAGAGGUGUGUGCGGUGAACCUGAAGGUGGACCAGCUGGAGGCUGAGCUGCAGGACCUCAACUCCCAGGAGUCCAAGGAUGAAGCAUCUCUGGCCAAGGUGAGGAAGCAGCUCCGGGACAUGGAGGCCAAAGUGAAGGACCAGGAGGAGGAGCUGGACGAGCAGGCCGGAACAAUCCAGAUGCUGGAGCAGGCCAAGCUGCGUCUGGAGAUGGAGACGGAGCGUCUGCGUCAGACUCACUCCAAAGAGAUCGAGAGCAAAGACGACGAGGUGGAGGAGAUCCGACAGUCCUGCAGCAAGAAGCUGAAGCAGAUGGAGGUCCAGCUCGAGGAGGAGUACGAUGAGAAGCAGAAGGUGCUGAAGGAGAAGAGAGAGCUGGAUUCGAAGCUCCUGACUGCACAGGACAAGGUGAGAGGAGGCGAUGUGGAGACUGAGAAGCGUCUGAGGAAGGACCUGAAGAGGACCAAAGCUCUGCUGGCCGACGCUCAGAUCAUGUUGGACCACAUCAAGAACAACGCGCCGAGCAAGAGGGAGAUCGCUCAGCUCAAGAACCAGCUGGAGGAGUCCGAGUUCACGUGUGCGUCUGCAGUAAAAGCUCGUAAGUCGAUGGAGGUGGAGAUCGAGGACCUGCACGUUCAGAUGGAGGACAUCUCUAAAACCAAACAGGCGCUGGAGGAGCAGCUGAGUCGUCUGCAGAGGGAGAAGAACGACCUGCAGUCCAGAAUGGAGGAGGACCAGGAGGACCUGAACGAGCUGAUGAAGAAACACAAAGCUGCCGUGUCACAGUCGGCACAGAACCUGGCUCAGAUCAGCGACCUGCAGGCCCAGCUGGAGGACGCCCUCAAAGAGAAGCAGGAGGUCCAGGAGAGGUUGCAAGCUCUCCAGAGCCAGCUGGAGUUCCAGGAGCAGUCCAUGGUGGAGAAAUCCCUGGUGAGCCGGCAGGAGGCCAAAAACCGAGAGCUGGAGACCAAGCUGGAGUUUGAGAAGACCCAGGUCAAACGCCUGGAGAGCCUCGUUGCUCGUCUGAAGGAGAACUUGGAGAAGCUGACGGAGGAGCGAGAUCAGCGCAGCAGCAGCGAGAACCGAGAGAAGGAGCAGAACAAACGUCUGCAGAGACAAAUCCGAGACAUCAAGGAAGAGACGAGCGAGCUGUCCAAGAAGGAGGGCGAGGCCAGCCGCAAGAAGCACGAGCUGGAAAUGGACAUCGAGAGUUUGGAGGCUGCAAACCAGAGCCUGCAAGCAGACCUCAAACUGGCCUUUAAGAGGAUCGGAGACCUGCAGGCGGCCAUCGAGGACGAGAUGGAGAGCGACGACAAUGAAGACCUCAUCAACAGUUUGCAGGACAUGGUGACAAAGUAUCAGAAAAGACAGAACCGAACUCAGGGGGAUUCAGACACAGACUCUGAGCUGGAGGACCGUGUGGACGGGGUGAAGUCCUGGUUGUCCAAAAACAAAGGUUCCGCCAAGAACCUCUCAGAUGACGGCAGCCUGAAGAGCUCCAGCCCCCCCGGACGGAGACGCUACGGCUUCACUGGAUCUGAUGAAGAGGAGGAAGAAGAGGAGAAAGAAGAAGGCGGGGCCGGCUCUUACCGAUCUAACAGAUACGGCAGCCAUGUGAGAGACGACGGCGGCGCUGAGGACACGCCUUACGAGAGCACGUCGUAGUCCUCACUGACCACACACACAUCUGAGACUCUCUGCAUGCAAAGUCGACCAAACACACACACACACACAUGUGGUCACAGUGUUUCGGGACACACACUCUGUACAUGCUCACACACUCUGAUGUUACAGACGUGUGACUCUCUGCAGCUCUCUGUGGUCGCCGCAUGCAGCAGCUGAACUCCAGAGAUCAGGGCGGAGCCAAAGAAGCUCUCUCUCUCUCUCUCUCUCUCUCUCUCUCUCUCUCUCUCUCUCUCUCUCUCUCUCUCUCUCUCUCUCUCUCUCUCUCUCAUGUAACACACAGUAACACGUAUAACCACUGUACCAUGUAUUUCCAAAAAGCCUUUGUUUGAAUAUGCGUGCUCACUCUUCUUCUUCUCAUUGCCGACGGCGUCCUGGGAGGAGUCCCCGCCUUCGUUUCUUCUUCUUCUUCUUUGUUUUUGGGAUAAGUGCCAUUUGAUGUAAGCGUGCUCCUCCACGGCCGGCUCCUCUGCAGCCGCUCGCUCCUUCAUCCGCUCGCCUUUCGUCUGCCUACAAACUUUUCUGCCUUUUGCCGGCGAGCUCCCUCCUCCUCCUCCUCCUCCUCCUCCUCCUCCUCCUCUUCCUCCUCCUCCUUC